UUGACCAUUCAUCGUCACGCUCGUAUUCAAACAUAAAGUACUUCGAGUAGCGUCAGUAGGAUCUGAUUUAUUCAUGGGUCUCAGAAAUCAAGAGAGCUUGCAAAUCUAGUUCGAUGUACGUACGUACGUACGUACGUGUCGUAAUGCGCGUGUAAGUGCGCGUUUGAAAAGUUCACAGUCGGUCGACUAAAGCAAAUCCCAUUAAUCCUUUGAACAGUACAAAUGUACAUUUACGUCAUACCUUAUCGGACGAAAGAGAACUCACGUUUGAAGGUAGAUCAAGCAACUAUCGAUCCAUCAGCGUUCGACGAUUUUAAUGUAAGAUCGAAAAGUCAAGUCAACAAAGUAAUACGAGGUGGACGACACGCUGAAGAUUUAUCGAGCGUGCUAGUCUCUUUCGAGCUUUACGAUAAAAUUUCAUGCACGAACUACGACCGAUAUGCCGAAGAAAAAGAGGAACGAGAUGAGGAGGUAAGGGGGAGAAGGAGUGACAAAGAAGAGAGGAAAAAUUGGAUCAAACGGCCGGUUGAAGGGCUCACAGCCGAACGGAUAUGCGUCUUUCCGUUUGCCAAUCGUCCAUUCUUCGCUUCUCAAGAGCUACUCGUGAAGUUCCCAUUCGUCCCUUCUUCGAUAUCUCUCUUCUCUCUUAUCCAUCCUUUGUUACAUUGGAUUUUGGACGAUUCAAGGGGAUAAAAAUGGUUCUGUCUAAGGGAUGAAAAACCGUUCGGUCGAUCGUUUUCCAUCCCGUAAUUAUGUUCGAAGCAGCAACAUACAUAUAUCAAUUUUUCAGGAUUUGUUUGUUUAUUUUCGCGAAAUAUGCAUAUUUGAUAUGAAGUACAUACAUAUCCGUUUUAAAUAUAAUAUUUGAAAAUACAAAUAUGUUUCCGUAGAUAGCUAAUCGAAAUGGUCGAAUAUAUGAUAUCCAAUCGUGACUAAAUGUUUAUGAAUUCGGAAAAAAAUAUUUCAGUUUGUAGUAAACUUUGCGGAUUAAAAAUGAAGAUUUAACUCAUAACUUCAAUUCAAAGGUA